CAGGCGGCUGACGCACUUCACCCAUUAUUAGCUCGUUUAUCAUCAGGACCCUUCAUACUGUUUGUCUACCGUGCCUCGCGUGGCAUAGGGAAGAGUGGGGAAGCAUGCCAAUAUGCCACCACCCGCAGCAAUGGACCCGCUAGAAGCGCGCGCGCUCGACCAACUACAAGACACCGACUUUUGCGAGGACUGCGAGGAAGUCGUAUCCGACUUUUACUGCAAUGCAUGUUCCUGUAGCCUCUGUGCCGAGUGCUGGGACCGUCAGCCCGCUCACCGCCGCAAACGCCUCGCACCGGGCCAGAUUCCGCACGAGAAAACCGAACUCUCGCUGGCCAACCGAGUCCAGACAGUGUUUUCGUGCUCCGGCGAUGAGCGCACGCUUCGAAAGCUCCACAGAGAGGAUGAGGUCACGGCUUGGUUUGGCCUAGAGCGAGAGGUGAAAGACGGCCGUCCGUUCAUGUUUCGUGACCACGGAAGGUUCGCUGAUCUUGCUACUUCCAUGCAUCAGCGGCUGUUUAAGCAACGAGGAUCAACCUCAAGUGGCCAGAACGGGACGAACUGCGUUCCCGGCCUCGUUUCUUUUGUCGGUCAAACCGGUGCAGGAAAGAGCACUCUGAUCAAGUUACUCGUGCACUUCAAUCAGUGGAGUGGCCAAGACCAGAAUUUCCCUUGCCCGGUUCCUGGCAUCACCGGUCGAGACCUUCCGACUUCUGAAGAUGUCCACCUCUACGUCGAUCCACUUACAGCGGAGUCGGAGUAUCCAAUUCUCUUUGCUGAUUCGGAGGGCUUGGACGGUGGGGAGAGAGAGCCGCUAGCGGCAAGCCUAAGAAAGACGCGGGAGAAAGAAGAAGCAGAGUCGUUGGGGUCAGAGUCCGAUUACGCACCUACCCGGAACUAUACUGAGCGCGAAGUCCAGUGGGUAGAUUCCAAGACGAAGCGAACGCGACAGUUUGCCGCGGGGCAGUUAUAUCCUCGCAUUCUCUUCGCUUUUUCUGACGUCGUCGUAUUCGUCCACCGAAACCCAAGAGCGAUUGAAGGGGUAUUGGAAAGGCUUCUCGACUGGGGAUCCGUGGCUAUCGAGACGACAUACAACCAACCCAUCCUGCCUUACGCCAUUCUGGCACUCAAUGCCACUGAACAUGACGUCGAUCCGAAGAUGUGGGAUGUGCAGACUUCGACCAGAACGCUGCUUGACUCGUUGGCGGACACUGUCAACAAGAACGUGGUCUUUUCCACAUAUGCAGACCUGUGGAGAAAACGAGGGAAGAAGAUCGAUACAGUGGACGACUUGAUGAAAUGCUACUACAGCGCGCUCAGAGUGAUCCGCUUGCCGACCAACGGGAGACCCAAGCUCGUAGAAGCGCAAGCCCAAAAGCUUUAUCUCGACAUUGAACGCGGCUGUCGUCUAGCAAGAAACGUAAAGGCGCAGACACGCAUGCUACUCAACGCUUUCGAAUUUCAGGCGUACCUCAAUCAUGCUUUUGAUCAUUUCUGCUCAACCAUUGAUACCCCGUUCGAUUUCGUUCAGUGCUCGUACUUGACUAGUCGGCUUUCAACUGUUUUUUGCGAAAGCAUCCUCGCGCUCGCUGUCGGGAUGGCGAAGAAGAAACCACGUCCAAGAGCAUCUGCGAUCUUCGAGAAACUAGGACGUCUCAUUGCUUCGUGCAUUAUGUUAGACACAAUGCGGAACAAUCUUAAAGGUACUGCGGAAAGAAUCUUCGCGCAAUAUGUUCCCCAGAUAGAUGCCGCACUAAAGGAAUUUGGCGACCGUUACUGGCCCUGCGAGUUUUACGUCAAAGGGCCGAUGCCUCCGCAUCUGCAGGCCCACCUGAACAACCUCGCGUUUCAACAACAAAUGCGGGCCGCAACAGUCAUACUGCGAUGCGCCAAUGUCCGCAGCGGACACGCGGCCAAGGGACACCAACUCACCGACGGAAGAGUCUUUGCUCGCGGCUCCUAUGAGUCGAACUUUUCCUUCGAAAGUCACCGUAAGCAGAUACUCGACGAUAUCUACAUCUCUUUCCAUCACUCCAUGAACAAGCUGGCGCAAGCUUCACGGCAAGGCAUCCAACAGCUCGAUGCGGCUGCGAUCAUCCAUCGUGAUGAUGCGCUGGCGUCGUACUAUCCUCCAGGUGAGGAUGGUGAGCCGGUCGGUUUACGCUACACAGCCUUCUGCAUAUGUUGUCUGAUUGGGACACCUGAGGCUCUGUUACCCUGUGGGCACAUGUUGUGCCGUGCUUGUAUCCAGGCGUACGGUCGCAGGAAGGGCCACGUUGUGGUUGACGUCUUAGAGUGCCCUUUAGAGGUCAAUCAGACCACAAGGCCGCAACCUCGAGCAAUCUACCUGAGACCAGAGGCAGCGGGAGUGCGUGUUCUAGCUCUGAAUAACGGCGGCGUACGCAGCGUCAUACAGCUCGAGAUUCUGAAACUGAUCGAGAAGGAGCUUCAUGGGAAGAUACCGGUGCAAUCAUUCUUCGACAUGAUCAUUGGGGAAGGAACCGGAGGCCUCAUAGCACUUGGUCUGAAUGCCAGAGGCUGGGACCUCGACGACUGCGAGCAACAUCUGCAUGCGCUUUUCGAAAAGAUCUUUGCGCAAGCAAAUAUUCACAGGUUCCCCAGCCUUCAGAUCAAAGGGAAGCACCCGAAGUAUCGCUCGAAGGCUCUGGAUGACGUUCUCAACUCCAUGUUCCCGGAGCAGCGCCUCAUUGAUCUCCCCCCGAUUAGUCAUCCUAUUCAGCAGAGCUCCAAAGUCGCCGUCCUAACUUCGUCGGCGACGGGUAGAAAGGUUCUGUUUUCCAACUAUCGAAGGAAAGCUUCCUCGAAGCUGCCAUACGCCCUCUACCCAAUCACAGAUUACUCGUCCCAGCCGAAGGUCGCAGAUAUUGCGAGAGCCUCGAUGGCGCAUGCGGACCUCUUCAAGCCGUUUCUGGAUCCCAGGCUCGGCCAGCUCUUUUUUAAGAAGGACAUGUCUGAGGGCUUCCUCAUAGAGGUAGCCCAAAACGAAUGCCGAUCGAUCUUCACUGGGCUCCAGAAGGACUUCCCGGACAUCUUACUCUCACUGGGCUGCGGCAAAUCCAAGCGCCCACCCGUCCCCUCGAUUGCCAGCAACGAGACGCGGCGAACGAAGGCCUCAUCCAGAUUCACGAGGAGCGAAGAGGACGACACGCGAUCGUACAUUACUGAAGACUCAGCGGACGCGUACGCGCAGUAUCCGAGACCGAAUUUCAUCAGCCUCAAUCCUUUUCUCGACGAGCUGCCGGAAAUGGACGACGUAUCAAGCAUCCCCGAGCUGCAGAGUCUCAUACAGGAAGCGACUGAUGCUGAAGUUGUGAAGAGCCUUGUAUCGCAGUUGUUCGCGACUCUCUUUUAUGCGGAAACGGAUGCGCCAGUGCAGGAUACUACCGCAGGUGAAGUGCUCAUACCAGUCCGCAUCUACUGCCGCCUGCUCGAUCACACCACAGAAAUCCAAGAAGUCGGCAGACUCCUCAAAUCCGGGUCCUUCCGCAAUUCCGAGUUCGUCUUCUGGGAAGAAGGCUACGGUGCCCAAGAGUACCCCAUCGCAUCGCGCACGCUGGAUAAGAUGAUCCGCCAGCUGCAAUUCCCCAUGCUACGCUUGAUUAUCCCGCUGUGGCAGCCCGAUUCUGUGGUGCAUGGAGUCCUGCGGCUGGAGAACGGCGAGGAAUACCCACUUAGUGGGUUUCCGCGGCGUUUGCGGGGCGCUGGGGUAACGCAUAGUACGUCUUCCCACCUGGCCCUUCUCGUUUGGUUUACUAACAUGGAGAUGCGAAGAACCUGCACUGAAGAGCGAGUUGGACCCGUCUUCCACGGCGAAAACUCCUCCCUGGUCGGCACCGGACUUGCAGAAUAUCUCCUUAGCGGGUACCUGGACGGCGGAGCUGCCCGAUCGUGCGACGUCGUCUCGAGGCUUAGGUGGUGGGCCGGGACCUGCAGAGUAUGCGGAUGCGCCGCCGUAUGAGGCGGGGUCUGAGGAGAAUGUUACUGCGCUGCCGAAGUAUGAGC